AUAAAAACAUUAUACUUUAGGAUGUUGUUGUUUCGUUUUGCUGGCCACACUAAUCAGGGAAUCCAUAUUUUUUUAUAAAACAUUUAUUUUAUGUACAUUAAAUAUAUUGACAAUAAUAAACUGUUCUUUAUCUUAUUUAUUUUAUUUGGGUAAUGAAAAAACAUUUAAAGACACGAUUAGAAAAUCCCAAAAGCGAAAUUAAAAUUAAAUUUUCAAAUGGAGCAACAGCAGCCAAAGAACACUGCUCCCGUCUCAAAGUUGUUUGUUUGCACAGCCGUCGACUGUAAAGAUGAUAUUGAGGAGAAAUUUGAGCGUUCCUAUUGCCAUUUGCAGCAGCAAGUUGGAGGACUUAGUGAUAAGGAUAUGCACGACUUAUUGUCGCAACUCGUAUGCAAAGAAAAACAACAUGAAGAGAUUUCGAUUGGAUUUUUGUACAUCAUUUUAACCGAUCCGGCAAUGGCUCCUAAAACUUAUCGCGAUAUAACUCUCGUUUCUAGAGAUGGAAUGAAUGUGAUUGUUGCGAAUCUUACCUUAUUAGUCGCUGAGAAGUAUGCCAAGCUAACAGACAUAGCUCGCAGGCAAUUAAUUUGGGUGCUGCGCGAAUUCGUCAAGCACCAAGUUCUCAGUGUCGAAAAUGUAAUCUGGAACUGUUUACGUCAAGCCGGUGGCGGGGACUCUUCUCAUAAAAAUUUAUUUCUAAUUGAAAGCCUACUGGACAUAUUUAUCGAAUACAGAACAUGGUUAGAAGGAAACCCAUUUCUUGUUCAAUCUGCUGUUUACAGCUAUGUGCGCCUUAUUGAAGACCAUGCUAAUCCUGCUCUCAUGGCUCUUCGUCAAAAAGAAGUGAAGUUUACUAUAUCUCUAAUACGGGAUCGUUUUCAAGACAUAAUACCUUUAGGGAGAGAUUUUGUUCGUCUCUUGCAGAACGUAGCCCGCAUUCCAGAAUUCGAACAAUUGUGGCGUGAUAUUCUUUAUAAUCCAAAAACCUACACCCACAUUAAUGGUAUUUGGCACUUAUUACAAAUCCGGACGAGCCGAAGAUUUUUGCAAUGGCGUCUUUUGCCAGAGAUGGAACGAAAAAUAAGCUUUUUGGCCUCAUCUGUGAAGUUUGGAAAUCAAAAAAGAUACCAAGAUUGGUUUCAGGAAAAAUAUUUCGCAACACCCGAGUCUCAUAGCUUACGCUCAGAUCUUAUAAGAUUUAUUAUAAAUGUUAUCCAUCCAACUAACGAUAUGUUAUGUUCCGAUAUUAUUCCUCGUUGGGCAAUCAUUGGCUGGCUUAUAUCCUCAUGCACAAACCCGAUAGCAUCUGCCAAUGCUAAGUUAUCAUUGUUUUAUGAUUGGCUAUUUUUUGAUCCCACCAAAGAUAACAUUAUGAACAUAGAACCCGGAAUACUUGUAAUGUAUCACUCCAUUAGAAAUCAUCCAUUUGUCAGCAGCACGCUUUUGGAUUUUUUGUGUCGUAUUACCAAAAAUUUUUAUGUGAAUUAUGAAGAUAAAAUACGGAUGGGCGUUUACAAUUCAUUAAAACUUAUCCUUGACAAACAGGUUAUACCAAACUUGCAACCUCUUUUUGAAUCACCAAAACUUGACAGAGAACUACGUAAUUUAAUAAGAGAAAACUUCCGUGAAUUUGUGUCGCCCAGUACAAAUAUAAGCCAAACCAUAUAUACGCUACCACCCUCAAUUCCGUCUUCUGUUUGUAAAAAAGAGUCUGAACAAAAAAUAUUUCAUGAAUACAUAGAUCUAGUUGGAACAGGCUUAUCUAAUAACUGUUCUUCGACACCUAUAGUAGAGCAGGAAAGCAAAGAACCUAUGUCGCCGGAUCAAGAAAAUGCAAGUGUCUUCAGUGAUUCUGACAUCGAUAAUAUGAGAGCCAUGCAUAAAAAUGAAGAAAAUACAGAUGACGAUGAUGAUUUACCACUGUCCAAGGUUCGUUUAAAAGAAAAGCCAAAAGUUGAGUUGGCUGAAGCAAUAGCUGAAUCAUUUGAAGCAUUUCUCACAAAGCGAAACUCAUUUGCAUGGGAGGAAUUUCUUAAAGAUUGGUCUUUACCAGCGUCUGCAUUUGAGGAUUUUCAGUUAACCUAUGUUAUAUCAAAUUCACUAAUAAUUCUUCGCGAAACUCUUCCACUGCAUAAUAUAUUCUCUGAAAGUAAAACCGACGAAAAGUAUUUAGCUAAGAGUAUCAGCUAUCCUCUCUAUGGGUUAUUUCGCUUCCUUUAUGAAAAUGAUGAUAAAAGCAAAAAACCAUUUCAAACACUUAUGUCGGAAAUAUGUGAAAGUAUUCCUGAAACCGGAUACUCUUUAUACUUUUUGAAAAUAUAUUGUAAGCUUCAAACACGAAAAAAUUCGCAACAAUCCUAUCAAUUUAAAACAUCAAUUUACCGACAAAUAUGCGAUGCAACCGAUGAAAAAAUUGGUGAUUGUUUAGUUCGAGACCUGGAUUUACUCGAAAAGGAAAAUACAAAUAUAUACUUAUGGCUCCUUCCAGAUAUAUAUAGAGAAUUUAAGUCUAUAGUUAUUAAUAACACUGAUCUGUUAAGAGUCACGUUAAGAUGUAUAGAUGCCAAAAAUUUGAGGGAUAUAAUAUAUUCUGUUGCUCAAGGCAAACUUACAUUCAAAAAUGACGGGAUUAUUGAUUGUAUUAGAGAGAGUUUUGAGUUUGAAACAUAUGAACAGUUUUGUUUAUGGAAACUUAUUCAAGCGCAUGACGUUCCCCUUAAAUUUAUACAGGAUUUGUUACCUGAAUUGGAAUCUGCAAAUCACCCAGAAGCACUAAGCAAUUUUUUAUUACUUUUAAAAAAUGAAGAACCAAACAUUGAAAUAAUACGACUCAUUCUUUGCAGAGAUUCAAAAUCUAGAGGCGAUCCAUUCGUUACCUCUGCCUUAAGGUUUUGGUGCCAACAAUAUGAAGAAAAGCUUUCUGAAAUAAUUGCUUCUCUGUUAACAUCAAAAUAUCCUAAUUCUUCUCCAAACAAGAGGAAAAGACCAUCUAAAAGUAACUCGCUACAAAAUAACACACCUUCGGCUGACCAAGUAUUAAACCAUUUAGAAUAUUUUAGAAGAAGCUGUAGGCACGGAACAGGGACUGGACUUUAUGUUCACGAUAUGAUGCAACGAGCUUUGCAAUCAGCUUAUUCCCACAGUAAUGAGAGCACAAAGAAACAAUUUUGUGAUCUUUUUGCAUUGGCUGCUGAAGAUGAAACCGCCGCUGUUGGUCGUCGGGGGGGCAGUGGACGUGGGCGUAAACAACCUAUCAGCAAGAAGGAUGCAAAUAAUCACAGCACAACAAAUAAAAAGAAUAACGAAAUCGUUAAAACAAUAUAUUCAUCGGAUGAUAAUUCCAGCGAGGAAGAUUGGUCGAAGCCGAAAAUACUUCAAGCAGCAAAAAAAAGGAAAAAAAACCGUCAAUGAUUCUGACUGACAGUAUAUCAGUCCAUAAAUUCCGGCUUUGGCGAAGGGAAUAAUUUUAAAAUCGACAUUUAAAUCUGAUCAGAUAAUUCAAUAAAAAGUGUGGGUUAAGAAUUUAUAAUGGAAUACAAAUAAGUAGCAUUUAAGCGAAUUAUUAUAAUGUUGAAAAUGUAACGUUGAAAGUACGUUUUAGAGUAACGCUUUUUAGAGUAAAUAAAAUCUAAUAUAUUUGAAUCUUA